AUGCAAUUUUUCGGAUUAGCGUUGUUUCUUCUCACUUUCUUCCCUCAAACACACGCCUGGUGUGACAUUGGACAAGUGGACACAAUAGUUUUAUGCUACGAUGCCUACAUGCAAGCAUUUGGUCUACCAAGUUUACUGAAUGCUGCUUUCUUUCCGCCAUACCUAUUCGUUGAUCAAGCUCGACGAGAAUAUUUAACUAAAGGAGGUCCAGAUUAUCUGGCCAAAGUUUGCAGUGCAAAUACCGAUCUCUACAAUUGCAUGAUUGGAGUUGUCCAAAAAGACUGUAUGGAAAUGAGUGUGAUCGAUGGAGCUGAGUAUUGGAUGGAUAUGUAUGCCUCAUAUUAUCAAUGCACAAAAGGAUAUGCAAUUUGGGAAAAAGAUUUUGCUUGUAUCAAUGAUGCUCGCGACAAAAAUUUGAACGAUUUGAGGGUU